AUGCGCCGGAAACGACUCUGCACAUCUACCAAGACCCUGACAGCGUCUCUCCUCAUCUCCCUCCUCUCCGUCGCCUCGGCCAGCGCCAGCGAUGCGCGCAUCCUCCCACCUCCACCCUCUACCCCAGAUCCCAAUCACAACAACCCCGUGCGGGAGUUCUCCCUGCGACACAUAUUCCACCAUGGCACAUACAAGUACCCAAACCUUCAUCGCCGCCUUGACAUCCCCGAGCAAGCCGCCAUAUGGAUGGCGGAUGACGAGAACACGUCCGAGCGGUUGCCUGUGCCUCCGCUACGGGCUAGAGCAGAAGUCAUGAGUAUCCAGCGACUAGCGGACAGGAGUAAAGAGAGCAUAGACGGGAUAUUAGACUGGGGCAUGAGGACGGGGAGGGCAGUGCAACUCGCCGCGGAGGAUUGGACUAUUGACGAGCUACCGGGUCCCAACGUCUCCGACAAGGAGACGGUACUCAGCUUCGCGCGCAUGGCCUCCAACGCAUAUAUCAUGGAGCCGCAUACCGGGGAGUGGACAGAUGUUGGGGGAGGGUACAACUACACAGAAGACUUUGGCUGGGAAUCCGACGGGCUCCGCGGGCACAUCUUCGCGGAUACGACCAACUCGACCGUGGUCAUAGGCGUGAAGGGAACGUCACCCGCCGUCUUCGACGGCUCGGAGACGACGACGAAUGACAAGAUCAACGAUAAUCUCUUCUUCAGUUGCUGCUGCGGGCAAGGUGGCCAGUACCUCUGGCGACAGGUCUGCGACUGCCAGACGGCUGCAUACAAAUGCAACUCCACCUGUCUUGUCACCGCCCUACGCGCAAAGAACAGAUACUACUCGGCGGCGCGGGACCUCUACCACAAUGUCACGGCCAUGUAUCCGAAUGCAGAGGUGUGGAUGGCUGGACACUCGCUCGGCGGCGCGGUCUCCUCCUUCAUCGCGCUGACAUACGGCCACCCAGCGGUUACCUUCGAAGCCGUGCCAGAAGCCAUGCCCGCAGCGCGCUUGGGGCUCCCUACGCCUCCAGGCCACCAGGUGGGCUCGCUGCAAACCCGCCAAAUGACGGGAGGUUUCCACUUCGGCCAUACCGCAGAUCCAGUCUACAUGGGCCAGUGCAACACAGUAGGCAGCGCCUGCACCCUCGGCGGCUACGCCAUGCAAAGCGUCUGCCACACAGGCCUGAAAUGCGUCUACGACACCGUCUCCGAUCUGGGCUGGCGCGUCGGUAUCGGCACACACAAGAUCGUGAACGUGAUACGGGAUGUGCUGGAGAAGUACGAUACGCCCCCGAAGUGUGAGCCCAAUCUCGACUGCACGGAUUGUUAUCCAUGGGAGUUCUUUGAGAGUAAUGGCACCGAGCCUAGUUCUAGUUCGUCGACGAGCCUGGUCACCAGUACGAAGACUUCGUCCCAGUCGUCGGCGACCUCAUGGACGAGGACGGCGACGUGCAAGACGCCUGGAUGGUGGGGCUGUUUGGAUGAGCCGGAGACGACCACGGUUUCUACGACAAGUAGUUCUUCAAGCUCGACGACGACGUCGUGUAAGACGCCGGGAUGGUUUGGCUGUAAAGACGAAACGACGACGGUUUCCACCAGUACAUCCAAACCCGGCAGUACGGCUACACCGGCCCCGGCUCCAAGUAUCACAACGACAACGAGGCCAAGACAAACGAGUCGUACUUCCAGCAGUAGCUGCGAGACACCCGGCUGGUUCGGUGGUUGCCGGGAUCCCACGUCCUCCCCCACACCCACCAAGUCGCCGACACCAAGUCGUUCGCGCAAACCGCCGGAGACAACGACGUCAUGUACGUCCAGAGCAUUCUUCGGACUGAUCUGUGUUGAUCCGGAUGACGCAUCGGCGACGAAGGCGGUGGAUGCUGAAGAGGAUUUGGUGGAGAUGAUGGAGUUGUGA